GCUCUGCAGAAAGUAUGUUUAAAAGCAUUUAUUUCCGCGCAUGUAGAGCCGGUCCGAAUCAGAGUCGAUAUGCGAGUGAGAACUGCAAUUAGAGUAAAAGCAGAUCGACCGGACAUCCUGACUUUGAGUGGAAUAGUGGCGGACUUUCACAAUCGUUAUGCGAAGGAAAUCUGUGUAUUUAAUCGCAUGGAGGCAUAUAUAUAUCCAAUCGGUAGUACUCAAGAAAAUGCUCGAAAGCAUCUCAUCUCAUAUAUCCUCGAUUAA